AUGGUUUCUCCAUCGAAAACCGACAUUGAUACCAUUCUCUCAUCCCUUCUCUCAAAGCCUGAGAAUAAGAUAUGCUUUGACUGCUCUUCGGGUAACCCAACUUGGGCCAGUAUCACCUACGGCGUUUUUGUCUGCAUUGGCUGCUCUGCAGUACACAGAUCGUUGGGAGUUCACCUAAGCUUUAUCCGUUCAACACAAUUAGAUACAAAUUGGACGUGGCUCCAACUGAGGGCUAUGCAAGUUGGUGGAAACGGAAAAGCGAUUGCCUUUUUCCAACAGCAUGGUGGUAUGCUUGAUGAUAUUAAGCGGAAAUACAGCAGCAGAGCGGCGCAGUUAUAUAGAAAUAAGAUUGAAACUCUGGCAAACGAUGCUAUGCGCACAUAUGGAACACAAGUAAGAUUUAUUGACAUCCAAUUAUGA